CUAACCCUCAGACCUCUAAUUGAACAUCUCUCCUCGUAUCUCUUAUUCCCACCGUGGUGAGUAAUAUGGUGAGUAUCGUGGUUCGUUUUCACCCUUUCUUCCUUCGUUCGGUAGGUCGAGGUAAAGUGAAGGUAACUGAAGAUACAAGAAUUGAUGCGACCCCCGGGUUUACAGGGUUCUGAAGUUCCAGAAGAAGCCCGAAACAUCGACGUGACAAAACUUUCCUUGUCAAUUACAUUUUCUUCGUUCGAUCCUGAUCGACACAGGCUUGAGAUGCCGUGUCACCUAUAAAUCAAAUUUCUCCUCGUAGUUUCGCAUUUUGAAACAGCUGGUGGCUGUGGCUCCAUCUUGAUGCGUUCUGACAUUUAAUUUGUUCGCUCGUUCGGUGAAAUUAGCAACAGCUUCAACGUUCUGAACCGAAUCUAGCAUUUUUUAAAGGUUCAGUUUUACAAAUCGUAGAACGGGAGUUCGUAUUACACAGUUACAAAUCUUAUACGGGAGUUCUUCAAGAGAUUCAAUGGCAGGAAACGAGCCUGAUUGGCAGGGUCUGCUGAAGUGGAGUCUUGCUCAUGCGGAUGGUACUGGUGUCCCUCGGCAAAUCAGUGAGGAGGAGAAGAAAUGGUUUCAUGAAGCAAUGCAGAAUCAAACAAUCGAUGUCAUUCGAAGGAUGAAGGAGAUAACGACGGUUAUGAACAUGCCGCAGCAAGUGUUAGAUGAUCAGGGUGUUACUGCUGAAGAGCUUGAAAAAAUGCUGGAAGAAUUGCAAGAGCAUGUGGAGUCCAUCGACAUGGCCAACGAUUUGCAUGCCAUUGGAGGCUUGAUUCCGCUGCUGAAUUACCUGAAGCACUCAGAUGCGGGCAUUAGGGCACGAGCUGCAGAAGUGGUGACCACGGUUGUGCAAAAUAAUGAGAGAAGCCAGAAACAAGUAAUGGACGUAAAGGGAAUGGAGAUGCUGCUUGAGAACUUCACAUCGGAUUCUGACAUGAACGUUCGUGCCAAAGCAUUGGGCGCCAUUUCUUCUCUAAUUUCAAAUAACAAGGCUGGAGUCACUUCUUUUAGGUUGUCGAACUGCUAUGCUGGUCUGCGAGAUGCCCUUGCAUCAGGACACGUCCGCUUACAAAGGAAAGCUCUGCAAGUCAUAAUGAAUCUCCUACUUCAGUAUCCAAGCGACGGCAAGGUGAUUGGUGGCUUAGGGUUGCCUCGUGUAAUUACUACUUUGAUAAACACUGAAGAUGGAGGCAUCAGACAGGCGGCCUUGCAGACACUAGUGGAAAUAAGUAAGACUGGUGGGCAAGCCGAAGUCACUGACUGUAACAAUCAGCUGAAGCAGAUUCUUGCAAAAAGGAUAGAAGAGAUUAAGAAGUAUGAUGCUGAAGAUCUUGCAGCAGCAAAGGAGGAACGGCGUUCUGUAGACGAAUUGUGGCAGCUGUGCUUUAACGAGCCUUCUCCUCUGAGAGAAAGUGGGCUAUUGGUCUCGGAGGCUGACGAGUCUGAUGCCGCGGAAGUCUCAAAUGCUCCUCCCGGUGUAUCAGAAUCACAAGAGGAGAAAAAAGCUCCGAUGUUGCUUUUAGGACCCUGAAAACUGGAUGUUAUGCAAUUUUGAGUACCCUGAGGUCGGCUUAAAUCAAUUACAUGCAAGUUAUCGAGCUUUACACGAAGAGAGAGAGAUCAAGAGAAUUUGGGGUCUUGUAGGAGCCCAUAAUUUUGUAUCAUACACACCAUUUUCUUCUGAAAUUUCCGCACUCGGU